AUGGGGGACAUGGAGAAGGGCAAGAAGAUCUUCAUGCAAAAGUGUGCCCAAUGCCACAUGGUGGAGAAGAGGGGCAAGCACAGGACCGGCCACAACCUGCCCAGGCUCUUCAGCCACAAGACUGGUCAGUCUCUGGGCUUCUUCUACACAGACACCAACAAGAACAAAGGUAUCACCUGGGGAGAGGAUACCUUGAUGGAAUACCUGGAAAACUCCAAGAAGUACAUCCAGGGUACAAGGAUGAUCUUUGCGGGCAUUAAGAAGAAGGGAAAAAAGGCAGACUUGAUAGCCUAUCUCAAGAAGGCCACCAAUGAGUAA